AGAGCAAAUAUCACCUGCACUUAUGGAGGCAAUCAAGGAAUCGCAAAUCGCCAUCGUAGUUUUCUCCGAGAACUACGCCUCAUCAAAGUGGUGUUUGGAUGAGCUUGCAGAAAUCAUGGAGUGCAAGGAGCAAAGAAACCUAGUAGUCUUUCCGGUGUUUUACAAAGUGGAACCUAGAGAAGUGAGAACACCAGGGAAAGGGGACAGACAGAGUUAUGGAAAAGCUAUGGCCGAGCAUGAGGUCAACUUUGGGAAGGAUUCAGAGAAAGUAAAGAGAUGGAAAAAAGCUCUUUCAAACGUUGGUAGCUUGUCUGGAUGGCAUGUUACUGAAAAUGAAUAUGAAGCGGGGCUGAUACAAGAAAUUGUUCGGAUCAUCUCAACUCAACUAGAUCGAACACCAUUAAAUGUAGCCAAGUAUCCGGUUGGGAUAGAUUCCCGAGUACAAGAGCUUCAAACAAUCCUAAAUCUACAGUCCAAGGAUGAUAUUCUUAUGGUAGGAUUAUGGGGACAAGGAGGCAUAGGCAAGACAACCCUUGCUAAAGCCAUUUAUAAUGCUAUUUUUAGAGAGUUUCAAGGUUCUUGUUUCUUGGACCGUGUUAAUGAAAAUUCCAAAAGUUUCACUGAUUUGGUUCAUUUGCAGAAAAAAUUGCUUUCACAGGUACUGCGAAAAGAAUCAAUAGUCUUUAGUGUUGAUGAAGGAAGUCAAUUGAUUCAAGAUAGACUUUCCAAUAAGAAAGUUCUCAUUAUUCUUGAUGGUGUAAAUGAUGAAGACCAGUUAAAUGCUUUAGCUGGAGAUUGCAAGUGGUUCGGUAAAGGAAGUAGGAUAAUUAUCACAACAAGAAACAAGCGUCUGCUAACUUCUCAUGGAGUAUAUUCGGAUAAGUUGUAUAAAGUUACAACUCUCAAAUGUGGUGAAGCUCUUGAACUUUUUAGAAAGCAUGCUUUUCUAAGAAGUCAAAAAAUAAAAAUAAGGAGCAAUCUUGUCAAUAGUGUUUUACAUUACGCCAAAGGCCUUCCUUUGGCACUUGAGGUGUUGGGUUCUUUCUUGUGCGGUAAAGGAGAACAUCAUUGGGAAAGUACCUUGGAAAAACUAGCCCAAAGUCCUAAAAAAAAAAUCAACGAUGUGCUAAAGGUAAGUUAUGAUGGAUUGAAGGAUGAUGUAAAGGAGAUUUUUCUCGACAUUGCCUGUUUCUUCAAGGGACAGCAGACAAAGUACAUUAGGGAAGUUCUUGAUUGUUGUGAUUUUAAAACGACUUUUGGGGUUCACAAUCUCAUUGAGCUCUCCCUAAUUAGUGAAGAGGACGGGACCUUACAAAUGCAUGACUUGAUAAAACGGAUGGGUAUGAAAAUUGUUAAAGGAGAAUGCCGUGAUGAUGCCGGCAAAUGCAGUAGGUUAUGGCUUUAUGAUGAUGUUCUUGAUGUUCUAUCAGGAGGUGUGGGAACAGAUGCAAUAAAAGCCAUAGUUUUGAAGCUACCAAAAUUUGAAGAGACAUACAUUUGUCCUAAUGCUUUCACAAACAUGGGACAGUUGAGGUUGCUCAUCCUGCAUAACGUGGGUAAUUCUUUCCAAGGUCCCAUCCGUCUCCCUAGUCAAUUAAGGUGUUUGGAAUUGCAUAGUUGUGCCUUGAUUCCAGAAUUUGGCUAUGGUCGAAAGAGAUUAGUUAGACUUGAUAUGCCGAAUAGCAAGAUCAAGGAACUGCCGAAAUUUAAGGACUUCAUAAAACUAAAGUUCAUUAGCUUCAGUGAAUGCCAAUCAUUGGUUUGUAUACCGGACCUCAAUUGUACUCCAAAUCUCGAGAUAUUGGAUCUUUAUAAGUGCAAAAACUUGGAGAGUGUCCACGAAUCAGUUUCGUAUCACAACAAGUUACAGCUUUUGAAUUUAGGUGAUUGCUCAAAACUCCAUCAUCUCCCUGAUGUGCUCCAUUCCAAGAAUCUUCAACUUCUCAAUCUUAAUGGUUGCUCAAAGUUGCAAAGACUCCCUGAUUUUUCGGAUAAAAUGAAAAGGUUGCAAGGACUUUAUUUACAAAGUACUUUGAUUGAGGGACUUCCUGCAUCCAUAGAAAAUCUUGUCUCUUUGGGGGAAAUGGAUUUAGAUUACUGUGAGAAUUUAACAAUCCUCCCGUCUAGCAUUUACAGGUUGCCAAAUCUUGAAUUGUUGACACUUCGUGGUUGCUCAAACCUAGUCAAGUUUCCAAAGAUGGGGGUGGAUUCGAGUGAUCCCCAUACAAAAAUGGGAUUUCCUAAGUUAUCGUUUCUAGACAUUAGCGGAUGCAUUUUAUCGGAAAUAGAGUUCCUGGAUAAUCCUUCUUGGUUUCCCUCCUUAAAUUAUUUUUUUUUGGAAGGAACCGAUUUUACUAACCUUCUUGCAUGCGAGCAACAAUAUAAGUCGCCCCAUUCACCUGUUUUGCAUUGUAAAAGAAUACAAGAGAUCCUCGAUAUUCCAAGGCAAUUUCAACGUCGAUGGGCAAUUGGCUGCGAAACUCUAUGUGAAAGGGCCUCAAACAUAUGUGACUUUGACAAUGUUGACUUAUCUUCAUGUCAUGAAUGGUUCCGUGAUAAUGUUAUGUUGAAGCAAGAGGAUUUUUAUUCUGUCCAAGGUUGCCAACAAGUUGUUAUGCGUGGAGGAGAAAUGCCAGAAUGGUUGCUCCCUAAUAAUGAGGGUCAUAUUUCUUUCGUGGCUUCAAAGGACUUGUUUGAGAAAUUCUUAGGAUUAGCUUUCUGUGUUGUAGCCCGAACAAAAUGUGGAGAAAAGGAGACCCAUUUGGAUAUUGUCGCAACCAUUAACGGCAGUAGUAAUUUUGGUGCAUCCUUUACUCCCCUAAUGGAUUCCGAUCAUGUGUUCCUUCAGUGUUUCGAACCAAGGCUACUCUGGAGCAAAGUCUCUAUUGUUCCAAAUGACUGGAAUUGUUUUACGUUAACCCUUACAACAUGGGGUAGUUUAAUUGUGAAAACAUGUGGAUUCCGACUAAUAUGCAAGCCAUUAGAGAAGAAUGAUUUGGAGAUUUUUCUUCAACAUAAUCAGUCCCUGGAUCCAGCUUUACUGUAUGAAGUUCGACAUGAAGAUCAUCGGACGAGGAUGGUGGAAGAAAGUUCAAGUGAAACAGAAGAUUUACUGGGUAAUAAAAUUAGUAAAGAGGAAAACAGUUCGAGUGAUUUAAUACUCGAAGGAUCCAACGUGACUGACAUCCCAAUCCAGAACUAUCGCUAUUUCCAAUUUGAUCGUGUUUACCGAAAAUACCGAAAUGUUGUCCCUGGAAGAGAGAUGCUAAAGGAGUUUGUGCCUGUUGAAGACGGUACCAUAUCUUUCAUGGCUUCACAAGAUUUGUAUGACAAGUUCAUAGGAUUGGCUCUUUGUGUUGUUUUCGGUGUAGAAGAUGGAAAAAAUGAAAUAUCUUUUGACAUCGUGCCACACAUUAACGGCGAAAUGCGGAAUGUGCUAUCGGGAACUCUCGGUUCAUUUGAUUCGAAUCACACGUGGAUUCAAUAUCUCCGCCCAAAUGUGCUGUGGGGAUUGUUGGAGGGAGAAGUUGAUUUUGCUCAAUUUGACGAGAUAUAUUUACGAUUUAGCCUUGAUGUUAGAGUACUUGGUGGAACCCUACAAAAGUUGGGAUAUAUGAUAAGAUGUGGGCCACUGGAGGAUGAUUUGAAGGCUGUGCUUGGAGACAAGAUAACAGUGAAUCCAGCUUCACUCUAUGAGGAGGAUUCUUAUGAAUCAAGUUUUUUAAGCGAAGACAGCUUCCUUAGGCGGAUAAAUCUUAUAGCGCCGGUCUAGUUUUGUUGGAUAGCUUGGUCACGACUUCUGAGGGAACUGCUUCCCUUUUAUUAUUAUUGCCAUGUCUUUAGAAGGGAACUACUUCUUUCUUAUGAUCAUUAUGGGGUGUUUGACGUAUGAACUUUUUAUUAUUAUGCCAGCUUCAUUUGAUUUAAACUCAA